ACAUGUUUUUGUGAGGUUAAGUACACGUUCAUGGUUGUAUGCUACCGAAUUUGUAAAUAAAAUUGCUGAGUGAGUUCUGUGUAGAUUUUAUACCUCUUAUUCAACCCAUCAUAAUACCAAAAAAUAAAUUAAUCAUUAUUGUAAAUAAACAAUGUGGUUGACAGAAUCUACUGCUUUAUUUCGCCAGCUUCAAGGGAGAUGUCGUUCUCAAAUCAUCAACAAAUUGAAAUUCUCCUCUGCGUCGAAGUGCUACUCACCUCGCAAAAGCUCAUCGACAUUCAGCGAAGAGGAAGAGACUGUGAUAGUAGAUACGAUAAAUAAAUGUGAAGUUAGUGAUUUCGCGAAAUACGAUAUAAAAGAGGGACCCUUGAAGAGGCUAUUGGCACAGAGAGCGAAGCAUGGGACCUUUCGGGACUUUAAUGAUGUCCUCAUGACCCUGGAUAUAUCGUCGUUGGUGAAAUUUUGCACAUCAAUCUUAAAUGGUGGAAAACAAGUUAGAAGUACUAAGGGGAACUCUCCGAAGAGUAUUGUAACUCCCGCGGUAACAUCUCCAAUGGCAAUUAAAAGUAUUUUGGGCGUCCACGUUUGGGGAAAUGCAGUCAGUUGGGCUCUACUGGAGCCCGAUGGCCAAAUCAAUGAAUGGCAUUUCGAACAAUUGAAUUUAUCGAAAAUGAAUAUUAUAUCGUUAGUGAGUCUGAUAACCGAGCUGACUCUACGUAUGCCACACGCUGACGCCUACGUGAUGGAGGCAGAUGGCUACGCAGCUCUGGGAAAAUUAAAACCGGCCACCUACUUCAUUCAUCUACAGCGACAGCAGAUCAUUGCCAUGAUCAUCAGUGGGAUUGGGAUGAGAAGACAUCUAACAAAUAAAGAGGAAAUUUGCACGGGGAACUUUUACAUGAUGCAAGCUCGAUCACCAGCAAAAAUGUUCAAUCUCAUUUUGGGAAGUGAAAUGGUUUCUGCAAAGGCCAUCAUCUCGAAAAUCAUCUUUGAACAGCAAGUGAUGUACAUGCCUCAACUACCUCCGAUAAUCAUCAACCCCAGGAUCGUCACCACGUACAAUUCCUACGAUAUUGCUACCCGCGAGCAAAUGCACUCGGUUCUACUACUGACUUUAGCAUUUUACAAUCAGAUUUAUGUGCAAAAGAAUAGUACGCUCGAAGCACAAUCGUCUGCAUGACAUGUUUAGCCUAGGGAAAUGUUUCUGGUCAAAAUAAUCCUAAACGAUUUACUCAUGUCAGGGAUAACUUCAAAAAUCUUAUGAAUUGGAUUGUAUCAGCUCCAAAAAUGAAAGCUAAAUGAAAUAAAUAAGAGAAAAAUAAGAUAGUUAAAGUAAUUGUGUUUUAUUCAUUAAAUGGCCAGUAUCUGAAAAAAACAAUGCUGUUGAGAACAAAAGUUAUCAGCACAAAGUUAGAAAAUGGAAUUUUACCCACAAAUCCCACACCAUUCACGAAUUCCAAAUAAUUUUGACAUGCGGUUUCUAUGUUAUCUCAAACGAGAGUAACAAUAAAUAAUUUGAUCGGUUAUUUUCAGGUCCAUUCAUUUAUUAUAUGUCAACUUUGAUUACACUAUCUAGUUUUUUAUUUCAUAUACUUAUUAUUAAUCUCGCUUCGC